GCGUCGCGGCCGCGUCGCGGCUCCUGGUCUCCAUGGCGACCGGACGCGGUCGGCUCCUGAGGCAGUACUGGCUUGGCCUCCAGGCGCUGCAGGCGCAGCAGGCGCCCUUUCCCGGCCGCGGCGCCGCUCUCUGGCGGGCUGAGCAGGCCGCGCGGUGCGCCCGGGCUUCCAGGUUUAGGAAGGGGCCGGAUGUCCCAUUGGCUGCAGGAUGCCCUGCUGUGAGACUGAGCCCCAGGAAGGCACAGCACGAUGAGAGGGCCGCUGGCUGCCCUGGGUCUCUGACAAGAUUGCCUUCAGAAAUCUUGCUGAAGAUAUUUUCCCACUUGGAUGCUGUGAGUUUGCUGUGCAUUGGAUGCGUGAGCAAGCGCUUUUAUCAUCUGGCCAAUGACAAUCUUAUUUGGAUCAAAAUCUACUCAGCUGCUUUUCCACCUAGAAAAUCCAAUUGGAAAGCUGACCCAGUGGAAGAGACAGCCACGUGUACCAGCUUACUGGCCGUUGGGGAAAAAGAAGCUGGGUACUGGAAGAAAGAAUAUAUCGCAAAGCAAAUAGCGUCUGUGAAGAGGGCUCUGGCUCAGGUCUUGAGGCCUGUUAACCCCUACACAGGUCUUCCCGUGAAAACCAAGGAGGCCCUCAGAAUAUCUGGUUUAGGUUGGGCAAUUGUACUGAAAGAGAAAAGUGGAAAAGAAUAUGUCAUGGAGCAUGUUGAUCUUUCCUUAAAUGAUACGUCAGUCACUGUCGUGUGGUAUGGCAAAAACUGGCCAUGUGUAACCGCGUUGUCAACCUUAGACUUGUGCGGUGUGACACCAGUUUUUAUGGACCGGUAUAAAAUCUCUACCAAAAAUAGACCUCGUUGGUACUCUUUAAUUGCCAAGUAUGACCUCAGUCAUUUAACCGAAUGCACCGUGAUCGGCUGUGACAGACUCGUUCGGAUCUUCUGCCUAAGCCCUGGCCUCCUGGUGGGGCUCUGGAAGAGGAAGGCAGAGCUGGCUUUUGUUGUGGCAAGCCUUCACUUCCAUCACCUUGUGGAGAGGAGCACGCUGGGCUCGAACUCACUUCCGUAUGAGCCGCCGCCUCAUAAUCCUGUGCUGGACGACAGCCCAGGCUGUGGACUGCAUGGCUACCAGCUCCAUGUGGACAUGCACAGUGGUGGGACUUCCUACCUGUGUGGGACGUUUCGUAAUCUCUUCACCAAGAAAGAACAAAUUGAAAAUGGACACAUCAAACUCAUUGUUAUAAAUGUUAAAAAUAACAGAGAACAUCUACCUCUUGUUGGAAAAAUUGGCUUUACUUGGAAAACAGAUAUUUUUGAUGGCUUUAUAAAGAGCUGUUCCAUCAUGGACAUGACCCUGUUGGAUGAAUACAGGAAGCCCUUCUGGUGCGUGAGCUCCCCGGUUUGCAUGCGACCUGCCACCAGCCUUCCCGAUGGCCCUAACUUGUUGGGCCAGACGUACUGUGUGGACCACACGGACAUGGAGGGAGACGUCCACGCAGAGCUGGUGUGGAUGGAGGAGCCUGAGGAGUACUUCCUCGUCAGCCUGGUCCUUCAGCUCACCGUGGCCAAAGUAAACCACUGGUUUGGGACAAGAUACUAGCUGUGAACAGUUGCUGGCAAAGAACUGUUGCUGCUUAGCCGUUCUUGUUGCUUAUAGUGGCUUUGUUCUUGGGAUUACCAGUUGAAUAAAGCAUAUGCUUAGUAA